UCCUGCAGACCGAGGAAGUGCUGUUUUGAACGCGGAACUGGGGAUUAAGGUUUCUUGGAGCUGUUCAUUCUUUUCUAGUUAAUUGUGAAUCUCUGGGCUCCGGGAAGGCUUGAGCUUAGGCUUUCAAUACAGGAGAGGUAUCGGACGCCGCACACGCUCUCUUCUGCCGGCGGGACCCUGCUGCUGUAGCCGCGGGCUCGAAGAGGAAGCAGCGGGGUGCGUGGGGUUUCAGCUGCCGAUCUCUGGGCGGCUAGCUGUCAUACCAUGCUUUCUUGUGAUAUUUGUGGUGAAACAGUAAGCUCGGAGCCAGACAUGAAGACUCAUCUCCUGAUUGUUCACAUGGAAAAUGAAGUUAUAUGUCCAUUCUGCAAGUUGUCUGGUGUGAAUUAUGAUGAAAUGUGCUUUCAUAUUGAAACUGCUCAUUUUGAACAUAGCACACAAGAAAGAAACUUUGAGAGAAUAAAUACAGUACCUUAUAGAAGUUCAGAUAACAAGAAGGACAACACCUUGCAGGGUAGAAUAGAAGUUAAUUCAAGUCAUUCAGCUUGUGCAUCUAAUCAUCCAAAAAAAUCAGCUCAAAACCUGCCUGAGGAUGGUGCCUUAAAACAUGACUUGUAUUCAGAGAACUUAACUGAGUCAAGAAAAUUCAUGAAAGGUAGAGAAAAACAGCCUCGCAUAACAGAAAUAAAAGGAUCAAUUUAUGAAACCACAUAUAGUCUUCCUGAAUGUCCAUUCUGUGGAAAAAUAGAGGAUCAUAGUCAAGAUAUGGAAACUCAUGUGAAAACCAACCAUGCUGAUCUUUUGGAUACUCCCUUAGAAGAAUGUGAUCGACCACUCUACGACUGUCCUAUGUGUGGGCUCAUCUGUACAGAUUACCGUAUUCUGCAGGAGCAUGUUGACUUGCAUUUAGAAGAAAGCAGUUUUCAACAAGGCAUGGACAGAGUCCAGUGUUCCAAUGAUUUACAAUUGGCUCACCAACUUCAACAAGAAGAAGACAGAAGGAGAAGAUCUGAAGAAUCAAGACAAGAAGUGGAAGAAUUUCAGAAGCUACAGAAACAGUAUGGUUUAGAUAAUUCUGGGGGAUACAAAGAACAGCAACUACGAAAUAUGGAGAUAGAAGUAAACAGGGGAAGGAUACAUCCAUCUGAAUUUCAUAGGAGAAAAGCUGAUAUGAUGGAAUCAUUGGCUGUUGGUGUUGAUGAUGGAAAAACAAAAACUUGUGGAAUUAUGGAAGCACUUCAGAGAUAUUAUCAGAACGCUGCCACAGAAGUGAGGCAUGUGUGGCUUUCUACAAUGGUGGAUCACUUUCAUUCAUCUUUGGGCGACAAAGGCUGGGGUUGUGGUUACAGAAAUUUCCAAAUGCUACUUUCAUCAUUAUUACAAAAUGAUGCUUACGAUGACUGCUUGAAAGGUAUGUCAGUUCCUUGUAUCCCCAAAAUUCAGUCCAUGAUUGAAGAUGCCUGGAAGGAAGGUUUUGAUCCUCAGGGGGCUUCUCAACUUAACAACAAGUUACAGGGAACAAAAGCCUGGAUUGGAGCAUGUGAAAUUUAUACACUCCUCACCUCCCUUAGGGUAAAGUGCCGUAUUAUUGAUUUUCACAAGUCAACUGGUCCUUUAGGCACACACCCUCGCUUAUUUGAGUGGAUAUUGAAUUAUUAUUCUUCAGAGAGGGAAGGGAGUCAAAAGGUAGUGUGUACAUGUAAACCUCCUAUCUAUCUUCAGCACCAAGGUCACAGUCGUAUAGUUGUUGGAAUCGAAGAGAGAAAAAACCGUACAUUAUGUUUACUAAUAUUUGAUCCUGCAUGUCCUUCUCGAGAAAUGCAGAAACUAUUAAAGCAAGACAUAGAAGCUAGCAGUUUCAAGCAACUUCGGAAAUGUGUGGGAAAUUUAAAACAUAAGCAAUACCAGAUCGUGGCAGUAGAGGGCACUCUUUCUCCAGAAGAGAAAGCUGCCAGGAGACAAGCUUCUCAAGUCUUUACAGCAGAGAAGAUUCCUUGAAGAAUUAAGCAUUUUAGCAAUUGUGGAAUUGUACCUUGUUCUUCAAAUUAAAAUAUUGAACUCCUUAAUACAGCUAUUAAAUCUAUGAAUUCUCCAAGGACUUAAUAUAUAAUUUAAUUUCAAAAUUGCCUAGAUUAAUUAAAAUAUACCUUUAAUACUUCACUGUUUAGUAAUUCCUUCAAUAAAAUCUCGUUUGCAUUG